UUUAAAAGUCACACAUACUAUUGGAAUAGUGAUAUUAUUAUUGGAACGAAUGUAGACCACAGAAUUUCGAUGGGCAAGUGCCAAGACAAGACAGUGAAGAAUGAAGAUAGAAAUUGACAAAUCAUUCAUUGAGACCCAAAAGAGUUAAGAGAGCGAGUCCACAAACGACAUAGGGCACGUGACGUUUUGUAUUGCACUGCUCUGUGGAUAUCAUUUGGACUAAAAAAUCAAAUAAACGGGGAGAAAUUAAAAUCCAUUCUACAAAAGCCCACCAAGCUAGAAUAAUUGAAAGAAAAAAAGAGAGUAGAAAUUGAAAAUGUGAGGAAGAGUGUAGAAGAGGAAAGUGGGAAACAAAGAUGCGGUGUUUCUGGCUAGCUCCGGCUCCAGCAAUCCCCAAACACGCCACGCCAAGCUACAGUGUUGGUGUUCCUUCCUCCGCCCCUCAGCCACGGCAGCGCUGCCGUGCAAUAGCUCAAACAAAACAAGGGCCAAAGAAGGACGUGGAGAUCAGUGGAUCAGAUAUACUGCGGGCACUGCAGAGAGCAAGUGCCAGUAAGAGUAAGAGUAAAAAUAGGAACAAGAAGAGGGUCUCAUCCUCUUCCUCUGUGGAGCCUCCCACGGAACAAACACAAACUGCUGCGGACUGCACCAGUGUUCGCCCACUCUGCAUAAAACCUCACUGGCCUGCCAAAUUAGAUGACUUGGAUAAACGUCUUCAAAGCAACGAGUCAACGACCCCUGCACAAGGAUUUUAUUAACACUUAAUGCAGCGGGGUCACAAUUAUGUUAUGCAAUCUGUUGCAAGAUAUGGUGGGUCACAGAAUUCCAAACAUGUUAACCACUUCACAUCACACUGUGUAAGAUCCUAAGGAAGCACUCUUGCAGAUGAGGGAGGUUCAACUCGGAUACACCCAAUAUUCAUUAUUAUUUUCUUACUCUAAUUUGUUCACUGUAACCUCAACCACUGUAGGUUAAAUCAUAUAAUAGACUACUACUAUAUAGUCAUUUUAGACAAAAAAUAAUAUGGAAAAACAGAAACAUAAAUUGGAGUGAGGUAAAUAAUCACAAGCGCAUGAAACCAGUGCUAUAAAUAUAGCAACAAAUUAUUCA